CAUUCACAUUACAGGCAAAGAAGCAAAUGUCACGAACACUAACACUAAACAUUUUUGUAUUCACACUCGUUAUUUCAGGCGCCACUUCUCAUUACUCUUCUCCAUCACCACCAGCAGCGCCAUCUUCCCAAAAUGCCCCUGAACCUCCCCCCGCCGCCGAAUGGCUAUUCGCCCAUGCCACCCACUACGCCGCUAGCGACGCGCUGGGUGGCGCGUGCGGCUACGGCGACCUCAUCAAGGGCGGUUACGGCAUGGCCACUGCCGCCCUCAGCGACGCGCUCUUCGGCCGCGGCCAGAUCUGCGGCGCCUGCUUUGAGCUUCGCUGCCGUGAGGAGGAGGCGGCAUUCGACCGGCGGUGGUGCAUCUCCGGCAACUCGAUCGCGGUGACCGCCACCAAUUUCUGCGCUCCGAACUAUGGGUUGGAGGCAGAGAGCUUGGGUGGACACUGUAACCCUCCGAAGCAGCAUUUUGUGGUUCCCAUUGAAGCUUUCGAGAAGAUCGGAAUCUGGAAAGCUGGUAGUGGUAACAUGCCCGUUCAGUUUCGCAGGAUAAAGUGCAGAAGGGAAGGGGGAAUCAGGUUCACAAUUACUGGUUCUGGUAUUUUCAUUUCUGUGCUGAUUAGUAAUGUGGCUGGCAUGGGAGACAUUGUUGCUGUGAAGGUUAAGGGUUCAAGAACUGGUUGGCUUCCAAUGGGUCGGAAUUGGGGUCAGAAUUGGCAUGUUAAUGCGUUGUUACAGAACCAACCUCUUUCAUUUGAGGUUAUGGGCAGUGAUGGGAUAACUGUUACAUCCUACAAUGUUGCUCCCAAGGAUUGGAGCUUUGGACAAACCUUUCAAGGCAAGCAAUUUGAGUCUUGA